CAGGUUCCUGACAGUCGACACCCAGGGAACGAAGAGCAAGCGCCAUGUUGAAGCCACCAUUGCCACUUAGAUCCCUCUUAUUCCUGCAGCUGCCUCUGCUGGGGGUGGGGCUGACCUCGAAGGUCCCCAUGCCCAAUGGGAAUGAAGACGUCGCGGCUGGUGGGAAACCUGGGACUGAAAGGGAUUUCUUCCUGACUGCGACACCCUCCGCGGCCCUCAGCGUUUCCACCCUGCCACUCCCAGAGGUCCAGUGUUUUGUGUUCAAUGUCGAGUACAUGAAUUGUACCUGGAACAGCAGCUCUGAGCCCCAGCCCACCAAUCUGACUCUGCACUAUUGGUACAAGAACUCCAACGAUGAUAGAGUCCAGGAGUGUGGCCACUAUAUAUUCUCUGGAGGGAUCACUUCUGGCUGUUGGCUGCAAAAAGAGGAGAUCCAUCUGUAUGAAACAUUUGUUGUCCAGCUCCAGGACCCACAGGAACCCAGGAGGCAGUCCACACAGCGGCUGAAACUGCAGAAUCUGGUGAUCCCCUGGGCUCCGGAGAACCUAACGCUUCGCAACCUGAGCGAAUCCCAGCUGGAACUGACCUGGAGUAACAGACACUUGGACCACUGUCUGGAGCACCUUGUGCAGUACCGGAGUGACUGGGACCGCAGCUGGACCGAACAAUUAGUGGACCACAGACAUAGCUUCUCUCUGCCUAGCGUGGAUGGGCAGAAAUUCUACACGUUCCGUGUCCGGAGCCGCUAUAACCCACUCUGUGGAAGCACUCAGCACUGGAGCGAAUGGAGCCGCCUGAUCCACUGGGGCAACAAUACUUCAAAGGAGAAUCCUUUGUUGUUUGUACUGGAAGCUGUGCUUAUCCCCCUUGGCUCCAUGGGAUUGAUUAUUAGCCUUAUCUGUGUGUACUGCUGGCUGGAACGGACGAUGCCCCGGAUUCCUACCCUCAAGAACCUAGAGGAUCUGGUUACUGAAUACCACGGGAACUUUUCGGCCUGGAGUGGAGUCUCUAAGGGACUGGCGGAGAGUCUGCAGCCAGACUACAGUGAAUGGCUCUGCCACGUCAGUGAGAUUCCCCCAAAAGGAGGGGCUCCGGGGGAGGGGCCUGGGGGCUCCCCCUGCAGCCAGCAUAGCCCCUACUGGGCUCCCCCAUGUUACACCCUGAAACCUGAAACCGGAGCCCUGAUACCCUGACAGAACCCCAGAGUCCUGCAGUGCUAAACUGUACUAACUUCCCCUCAUCCAACCAGCCUGGGUCCAAUGCUCCAAUGCUCACCUCGCCCCCCUGUGGCUGAUUGUGAAUUUUGUGGCCCCCAUAACUCCGCCCGCGCCCCCCCCCCCACAUUCAACAUCUCCUAUCAUCCAGUUGGCCCUUUGUCCUGAAGGCGUGUCUCAUCUUCCCCAACCCAGCCCUCCUUCCUCACAGGAUUGUUUCUCCCCGCCAUCCCUCCAUCCUUCCCUCCCUCUUUCCCAUCUACCCUUCAAUUAUUCUCGAAUCAAUGAGAAAUAAAGCUUCUGUUGAUAAUCAUCAA